CGGCGGCUGAGAAAACUGUAUAAGCUAUGCUUGGGGACGCGGCGCGGAGCUUGAUUCACCUUCACCUACGCUGAGCGCCAGCUGACCCCGGGCUUCCGCCCGGAGAGCAGUCUGACAUGAACGGACGGGUGGAUUACUUAAUCACGGAGGAAGAGAUCAACCUGACGAGAGGACCCUCGGGGCUGGGCUUCAAUAUCGUCGGUGGGACAGAUCAACAGUAUGUCUCCAACGACAGUGGCAUCUACGUCAGCCGCAUCAAAGAGGAUGGGGCUGCGGCCCGGGAUGGGCGGCUCCAGGAGGGUGAUAAGAUCCUCUCGGUAAAUGGCCAAGACCUAAAGAACCUGCUGCACCAGGAUGCUGUAGACCUCUUUCGUAAUGCGGGAUAUGCUGUGUCCCUGAGAGUACAGCACAGGUUACCAGUGCAGAACGGACCUAUAGUACAUCGAGGUGAAGGAGAACCAAGUGGAAUUCCUGUAGCCAUGGUGCUGUUACCAGUGUUUGCCCUCACCCUGGUAGCAGUUUGGGCCUUCGUGAGAUACCGAAAACAGCUUUGAGUGCCUGCUGUCUUCCAGUGUGUCCCAUGAACUAUUUUUCUCAUUCACCUUCUCUGACAUUCUCUCGUAUCCUUUCUUCUCUAAAUAGCCAACACGUGAUUUCAGGUGACUGAUUAACACCCAAAAUCUUGCUGUUCAAAAUCUCCAAGACUUCAAAUUCUAAUGGAACAGUAAAGGUAUUAUUUGAAAAAAAAAAAAAAAAUCUGGGGGGGAAAAAAAGCCUUGCUUAGAACAAAUGAGAAGUUACAUACUUACUAGAACUGCCAAUACAAAUUCAGCUAUCACCCAAAGAGGAAAAGCUCAGUCUUCCUGUCACCAUGUAUGACACCUUUUUCUUAGCUGACGUGCUUUGAAGGCUAUCUGUGCUACGUGAAAGGAGGAGCUGAUUCUUUUUUUUUUCUUUUAAUGCCUUUUCUUGGGAAGUAUUUGUGGCCUUUAAUUUGUAAUUAUAUACCUAGAUGCCUAUAUUGAACAUAGGUAAAUGAAGUUUUUAUUUUUUUUCAAAAAGAAAAUACAUAUGUACAGUAAUACACAUAUGCAUAUAUUGUAGCAUAACAUUGAUGCCUUAUGGAGAAUUAAAGAGGUGAGAAAACUAUACAGGUUCCUGGGUUUGUAAUGGACGGUUUUUUGGGACUAGGGGAUCAUAUUUCUUCAUAUAUAAUCAAGAUUCAUAUUGAACAAUGAGUUCUUGAUUGUUAAGAGAGCUUACUUGUACAUAUGUUUGUAAGUCUUCAUCCACAAGUUAAAAACAUACACAGUGCUAAGGAAUGAUAUUAACUGAAAAACUUCAAGAGCUAUUGGCAGAGCGUAAGUCUUACCAGUCUCUGAACUACCCUAGUUGGGAUUUUACAGUGCUGUUAAUAAGAUCCACUGGGAUGGGUAUGGGCAGCAGAAGCCAAAUAAAUCAUCAACACAACUGAAAAAAAGAAGAUCAUGCUUCACGGGGGCACUUGAACCCUCUAAGCUACUUAACAGUUUUCAGUUUCUAGUAUCAGGCAAAACCUGAGGGAAGAAACUGCCUUCCUAGUAAGGUGAACCUAAAUCAGCCUGCUUCUGAUUGAAUUCAGAUGAGAAGGCCUGAACUGCUGUGGUUUUUCUUUCUGUUUAUUCCCCCACCCCCAAAAGCUCUAAAGAUUAGUUUUGGUUUUAACAAGUUAAUGGACCAUUUUUCAGAGAAGGGGAAGGAAUGCGUUUUGUUUGUUUGGUAGAGGGGGCAAUGAAAUUUGGUGAGCAUUUCUGAGGAAAGCUUGAAAAUACAAUGUGGAUGAAUAGAUGUCAGAGAAUAGCAGGGAUAUUGGUGAGGUGGGAGCCAAGCUGUUGAUAUAGUAUUUAAGUUGGUUUUAGAGUGCUGAGGAUAGUUGACCCACACCUAGUUUUUUUUUUUUUUCACUUUACUAAAAUAAUUUCCAUCUUUUAAAUACAUUGGCUAGACUAUUAUUUUGACAUAAGAUUAUGAGUAUUCCUGACAAUCUAGCAGUUACUUAACAAAUUUUGAUUGCACAAUAGUUUCGUCAAGACAACUUUACAAAGAAGAAAAAUGCACGGACUUCUUCCAAAAGGACAUCGUGGUUACAGUUAGGAACAGAACACUUAAAAUGGAAUUAGUUAAGUGUACAUUAUUUAUAUUGCAGACAGCAAAAGAAAAUGGCUGCUGAGAACUGGCGUACUUAAGGUUUCAUAGAGGAAGGGACAGGGUGAGGCUUUUCAGGCGCUAACCAUUUACUAAGAGCAUGCCUAAACAGUUAAGAGUCUAUCAGGCUGAACAAUAGACAAGACCAUUAAGAAAAGAAAUGUUGUCGUGUAAAACAGCGCAAUGAACCAACAAAGAAGAUAUGCAGAUGACCAGCAGUUGUAAAGAAUUCAGAAAAGGAAAGCUGUUGUGUUAUGGCAUCAUGGUAGAAUGGAAAAUCUUACACAGUCCAAACAAUUUGCCUUUGGGUAAACUAUUGAUACAGGGAGACAUUUGCUUUAACAAAUCUUCACCUAACUAAGUCAUUCAGUACUUUUUGAAACUGAUUUAGUAACAGGAGUCAUUAAGUCUCACAGAAAACAAAGUAUAUUCCAGUUCUUGUUCCAACCAGUACCACUCUGGAGGCCCAGUACCCUCCUUGUAUCUGAUAGCAUGUAUAUCAGCCCUGCCCAUGGUUUGCUUACCUCUGGUAUUCACCUCAGGGCUUGAAAAUUUAUUUUGAAAAACCUUCACACAUACAAAGUGAAACAAAUGGCAAGGUGGAUAGAUUACUUGUGUGUUGAUACAUGUAAAUAAAAAAAUACCACUGAUAGAAGUUUUACUUUGGUUGCUAGGGAUUCUGAUACACUUGGGUCUCCUUGGGAAAGAAACAGCACUUACACAAAACAUUUAAGUUUUAGGCAAAUACUUUAGUAUGCCACUCUUGGUUGUAUGAGAACUAAAAUUAUCAUAGAUGAGGUGUUAAGACUCCAUUGUAGAUUAUUAAAAAUUUAUGUUCCUUAUAGACCGACUCUAAUAUUCCUUAUAGACUAUAUAUGAUGCUACUACCACAUAAAUUAUGCUUAAAGUUUUGAAAAUUGAUUGUAGGUAUUUUUAAGUCCCUGUACUUAAAAGUAUUUCUUGUAUUUAUCAUUGUAUAUUAUAUGUAAUUCUAAUAGAUAUUGCUUGCUUCA